AUGAAUUCAAACUCUGCCAAUAAUACUCCUUCUCGACCCACACCCUCCUCCAGACCCAACAGCAAUAAAAAAUCCACUUGGGCUUCUGCUUCUGCUUCUAGUUCUAAAACCUCAAGCUUUGCCCGUCUAAAGCAAGAUCAGCAAGCAAGGAAUAAGGAUCCUGACGAUAUUGAUUACGAAGAAUCACCGUCGGAUGAUGAAUUGUCGGGAAGGAGUUAUGAUGUAUUCGGAAAUGAAUCCUAUACCAACGUCAUCAUACGGAGAGAAGCAGUAGCCGUACUCGAUAGCCCAGAAUUAUUAAUGAUGCAUGCACAGGCUAGAAAUGACUCUAUCCCCCAAACUCGUCUCCAUUUCAUCCAACUUCUAUCCGGACAACCACCCACUCCAGCUCAAGAAAAAGAUGCUGCUGAACGCCGCCUAGCUCAGCUGAAAAAGCUCGCCAAAAAGCGUGAGUUAGCUGAUGCUGGGAUGAUUGAAAAAGAUCCGGGCUCGAGUUCGAGAAGUGGUGCUGCUACUGCUAGAUCCACGGGAUCGGAUACAUCAAAAACCAAGGCGGAACAAGCUGGAGCCGGAGUCGAUGAUAUCUGGCGAAGAUUUGACCUCAAAUUCAGACAUGGUAUUCCUCCUUCGGCGUGA